UAAUGGCGCUCGUGUCAUUGCUCCAAUGGACACCCUGGAAGUAACAAGUCUUGUGGUUUGCACUUAAUAAAUAAAGGCAAACCAGUGCCAUAAAAUAAACAAUAAUUAAAUACUUAAGUUUAAAAUAAAUAAUUAAAACAACAUAAAUUAAUUAUCAUCAGCAAAUAAUAAUCAUAAUAUAUAUAAUAAAUGGAGUUUUUAAAAUAACAAAAAGAAACAAAAGACAAAAAACCCUAAACAAUUGUUGAUAAUUAAUUGUUCAAUAAGCAGAAGUUUCGAGUUUUUAAUUUAAAGUGGGUGUUGAGUGUUUAAUUAAAAGUGUAACACAUUGGAUACCAAAGACAAUGGAUUACGUGUUGAUAAAAGACAUACGACCCGGACAGAAAAAUAUAAAUGUGGUAUUUAUUGUUCUUGAGGUUGGACACCCUACAAUAACUAAAGAAAACCGCGAAGUUCGAACAUUUAAAGUUGCCGAUUCAACCGCGUGUAUGAAUGUCUCGAUUUGGGACGAACCCGGACAAUUACUGGUACCUGGUGAUAUUGUCAGACUUACAAAAGGAUACGCGUCUGUUUGGAGACAAUGUUUGACUUUGUACUCGGGUAAAAAUGGUGAUAUACAAAAAAUAGGUGAAUUUUGUAUGGUUAUUAAUGAACAAUUAAAUAUGAGCGAACCUAAUCCAGCAUUAGCACAGCAGCUUGUUAAUCAAGGUGGUUCUGGACCACCUGGUAAUAUUAAUAAUACUAUUACUAACAAUGGAAAUGCUAAUAAUAUUGCUGGUACACCAAGACAAUCACCAAUUGCUAUUCAAAGUAACUCAACUACACCAAAUACACCAGCAACAGCAAGUAGUUCUGCUAAAAGUGGUAAUGGUGGUGGUGGUACUGGUGCUGCUGGAGGUGGUACCAGUUCGACAGGAUUACCUGGAGGUUCUGCAAGAUUCACAGCUAAUGAAAGCACUCCAAAGACAACUACUAACCCAUCGACUGGGAAAACCAGCACACGAGGCCGAGGUAAUUACAGGAAUGGAGGCCGCAGUGAUCGCAGAUAACAUCACGAAUCCCCAAUAAAUUCGACUGUAAAAAAUUGUGUCUAAAUUAAAUGAGACUUUUAUAAACUUUCUCAUUUAAAUGUAAAAUAUUGUGUUCUCAACACUCAUGUACAGUACGCGAAUUAUAUUUCAUUUAUUACUUUUUUUUGCUAUUUUCACUUAAAUUAUUAAAUGUAAACAGGUGUUUUUA